UUAGUCAGUUCGCAGAGCGAAACGGCGUCGCGAAGAACUGUAGCGUCUUUAGCUAGAAUUUCAUACGUAUUGAAAAAACCAAUCUUGGAAAAACGAAUUGCCAAGUACCGAAACAUAAAUGGACUGGUGCAGAGCCUAAACCCGAAAGGGAUCCCGGCGGGUUAGCGAGGCGUCUAUUCAUUCACAUUACUGUAUCCCUUUUGUUCUUUUGUUCGUCCUUUGCAUAAGUAUUUAUUAAUUUAUUACGCGAAAUAAAACCCUUUUCUCGGAUUCAAGAAAUAUUCCUUUCCGAAGGAAUUUACUCCACUCAAAAUUGACCAAGAAUUUGCAAAACCGUCAGACAUCGAGAUGCCAACUUUGUUUCAACAGUUGGCCUCAUCGUACGAAUCCGAAGGAGGAACCGGAGUAGACGCAUUAGACCGAAAUGACUCGCCAAAUCUGCAGCUGCAACCUCGUGAUAACCGCGAACAACUGCAGCUCCCGCAUCGCGAACGAGAUCCGCUGCAUCAGCCGGAUCGCGAGCAACUGCAGAUCUCCCAACGAGAGCAAUUGAAACUGCAGCAACAGCAGCGAGACCCGUUAUCUCUUCUGCAGGCGAAUCGGGAACGCGAACAGCUGCAGGUGCCACAUCCCAAUCGCGACAGAGAACAAUUGCAGUUUCAGCAACGUGAGCGAGAGCAAAUUCACAGAGAGAAAUUGCAGCUGCAAACUCGAGAACGUGAGCAAUUACAUCAGCUCCAGUCCAUCAGCAACCUGCUUUUGGAUUUGCCACCACCUUCCCCAUCGUAUCAUUCAAAUUACGACAAUUCUUGCGCUUUAUCAUCCAAGAACUCCAGCAUGGAUGAUAUGUCGAUUUCGGACCUUUUCGGUCUAGGGUUGCCUCGAGGAUCUUUAAUGAGUGGACAGUCAACUUGCAGCACGCCGGGAUUUCGACAUCAUCAGCAUUAUGGUCAAAACCAUAAUCAAAGCUCUACCGGCCCGUACUAUCAGCAAUUCGAGGAAAUUCGCGGGUAUGGAGGAAAUUCCUCUGUUGGCCAAGAAGUUCCAAGUUCUCCAACUUCAGUAACUACGCCUGGAAGUCCCAGCACACCUGGAAGUGUUUAUUCCAACCCUCACUCCUUUAAUCCCAUUGCGUGCGGCAGCUCUUAUAACUCUGCUUCUUCUUCACCCCCGAAUCGUUCACAAUUUCAACAUAUGGGGGAUCUGGGAUCUCCACCAUCUCCGAUUAAUUCAACGUACUAUGGCAGACCUAUACGGGGUUCUCCACCUUACAGCGACUGUAGCAGUCCAUCCACGGAUUAUUCUCAUAUGAGUGGAUGCAAUGGGUCCCGUUCUAAUUCACCUGCUGAUUCGGAGGCAAGCGGCGUUAGUAGCAUGGAUGGUUCCCUUUCCGAUAUUAUGAACUGUUUAUCGUUAAACUCGUCAUCCCACCAAUGUUACCCUCAAUCCCUGAGCUCCCUGAUGUCGCCAGAAAUGGAAAUGUGUCCAGGAAACAGAGCAGCCGCUUUUCAGCGCAUGGCAGCAAAGAAAUAUUUACCGUCACCACACCAACAACACCAGCAACAAUAUUUUCACCAUCAUCCGCAUAAUCAUUCCCGGAAUCAUCAUCACACUCAGCCACAUCCUGGUAGCUUUUUGAAUUCGUACUUGUCCUCGGAAAAGAGCUGUUGUCCCACUGUCAAUUCACAUAUGAUGAUGCGUUCUCCGCAACCACCAAUUCCCGAUUUCUAUAUGUCGCUCGAUCGAGCUGCACGCUGUCACAGAAAUGCAGCUGCACUAUGUGAAGCUACACGAACAUGGAGAGGAAUUUUGCCGCAGCGUACGCAAAAACCGACUGGCUACUCUCCUAAAGUUUUCCUUGGCGGAGUACCUUGGGACAUUACCGAUGCCAUGCUGGUUGCAGCUUUCAAGCAGUUUGGACCGAUUCGCAUCGAGUGGCCUGGAAAAGAACAACCAACUCAAAAAGGAUACGUCUACAUAAUUUUCGAAUCUGAAAAACAAGUCAAGGCUCUGCUCUCAUGUUGCACACACGAGUUUGCGAAUGGCGGUAGCUGGUUCUACAAAAUCUCUUCGAAACGAAUGAAAGCCAAGGAGGUACAAGUAAUCCCGUGGGCUUUGAACGAAAGCAACUACAUUAAAUCUUCCUCUCAAAAAUUGGAUCCACAGAAGACUGUAUUCGUCGGAGCUCUUCAUGGAAUGAUGACUGCUCCUGCAUUGGCUUUGAUCAUGAACGAUCUCUUUGAUGGAGUUAUUUACGCUGGAAUUGACACGGAUAAGCACAAAUAUCCGAUUGGAUCCGCCCGUGUGACAUUUGACAACACUUGUUCAUACAUUAACGCCGUAUCUGCCGCAUUCAUUGACAUCAAAACCGCCAAAUUCUCGAAGAAGAUUCAAGUAGACCCUUACAUCGAAGAUGCUCUCUGCUCCGCAUGCUCCGUGCAACAGGGACCCUACUUCUGUCGCGAAUUGAUGUGCUUCCGUUAUUUCUGUCGCAACUGCUGGCAGUGGCAACACUCAACGGAUUCAAUGCGAAUGCACGAGCCGUUGACUCGCAAUUCGAAAAGUAGUCAGAUGAUUGGAAUGUCGUCGAAUUUGGGAGCCAGCCUUUCCCGAUUGUCCAGCAGCUCUGCGAUUUAAAAAGCUCGUGUAGUCGAUGCAGAGCCACGUUCAGUUUGUUUUGACUAGUUAUUUGUAUACGGACACUGCACUGAUAAUAAUAAUUUAUUCUCAAUUACGGUGCAAGCUCAGUUUUAUCGCAAUGAGCUGCGGGCAGCUGGUCUUGACGAAAUAGGUACCAGAAUUCAUUUAUAGUUAGCUAUAAAAUACAAGAAUUCGUUUUGUUUCGUUAUCUUUACUACGUGAGCGAAGCACGCAAAAAUUGGAAGGUGUUGUUAGUUAAGGCGAAUUUAAAUCUCACAUGGAACGUGGUCGAUAAUGUAGCAUUCCACGUUUCUAUGAAGACUAUUUUUUUUUAUUUAUUGUGCGUUUAUUUAGGGACUGCGUCUCUCGUUGUCGUUUUACAAGAAAUCGAUAAGUAGAAGCGCCAAAAGUUCCUCACAGCGAUGAUAUGUGAUACUUGUUAUCAUGCCUUUUGUCAAAUUAAGGGCUCGCUCGAUUGUGGCUUUUAUAGUGACAAUGCCUUUUUAUCUGAUAGUUCUUGAUCAUACUACGUUCAGAGUCGUGAUUCACAGUGUCACUGCGAUAGAUCAGCCUAUUGCGUUCUCAGAUUUUUUAUUUUCAUCUCCACAGAGUUCCAUCAAAUCUUAAAUUGCGUGAUCUCGUUUUCUCGAUUUCGAUACUCGGGGGCGAAAUUGAAUAACUUUCAAACGGAUAUUUAUAGAAUAUGGAAUUAUUUUGUCCUUUUGAUGCUGUACGAAAGAUUUUCUAAGAUGUUAAAUUUGGAUUCGCGACGGAGGGGGGGGGGGGGGGGUUCUUUUUUUUAGUGAUUUGAUGAGAUUUCUUGGAACUUGGAGGAGUUGAAAAGAAAACACUAUUGUCCGUUUUGAGCAGCACGAUUUUCGUUUAAAUUUCGCAGUGCAUUAGAUACAGUUAAUAAAUUGUCGCCGAUUAAAAUUUAAAAAUAAGUCUCGUCCAAUUGGCGUGUUGCCUUUUCACGUCGAUUGAAAUAAUGGGUCUCUGUUAGUUUUACAUUAGAUUUAUACAGUGUAUGAAGAUAGGUAGACUGCCACUGUAGACUUAAUUUAUAAUUUAUAAUUAUUAUUAGUCGGAGCGGAAGCGGACGAAAUCCGCUUAAUUUAUUGGACUGUUUAAUCGUUGACGAAACGGAGAAGUACAUGGUCUACGAUUCUGGUGCGGAUUGUAGGAAAUCGAUUCGGUUUUUAUUUUUUGUUACAAUCUUACGUCUUGUAUUUUGUUUCCAAAGCCAUUUUCAAAAUCGAGUUGCUCAUAUUUUGAUAUGAUUUUGUUAAACGAUGAAAAUUUAUACUUUUGCAGAUAA